AAUGCAAACUUGCCAAAUAACGUCAGACUUUAAAGUUGUAGCAGACGUUGAUAGUUCAACAUGUUACCUUGCUCUUGAUCAUAGAAGGACGUUAGAAGAAGCUAAACAUGACUGCUCACAAAUGAACGGUACGUUGGCGGAUGGUAGAAAUCUUGAUAUAUUUAAGAAAUUUACUAAUUUAAAUUGGCGCCAAUUUUGGAUAUCUGGAGAAGAGCAAGUUGAAAGUGUCUGGAAAUGGGGUAAUAACAAGAAAGCUACUGACAUAAACCUUGAAAUUAAGCAGACAGCAAAUUGCGCAGCUUUAAUGAAUGAAAAUUCACAACCGCUUCUUAUUUCUGAACAAUGCAGACACAAAAGAUACGGAGCCGUUUGCGGUAUUUCUAGUGAUGGUAAAUGCGAUGAAAAAAAUGGAUUUCAAAUACUCAGUACAAAUCCAUGUAUAAGAUUUAAAGACAAUAAAUACUCUUGGUUCGAUGCCAGAGAAGCUUGUUAUAGUAUCAAAUCAGAUUUAUUAAAUUUCGUUUACAAGGAUAUUAUCUUUCCUCCAAAAAGCGAUGGUGUAUGGCUUGGCUUAAGGCGUUCAAGGUGGAUUUUAGGCAAUAAUGAGUUAAAAGAAAAUUUCUGGGGUGACGGAGAACCAAGCGAUUCGGGAACUUGUUUAACAGUUAUUAAAGAAUUUGGAAAUUACGUUUGGAAGAGUGAACAAUGCUCUGCUGUUCACAGAUUUUUCUGUCAAAUUGCAGAAGAAAACUAUGUUGACGUUAAUUUUUCUAAAGAAAAAGCGAAACCGUCAAAAAAGCCUAUAUCUACUAGUACUAUGAAAACUUCCACAAUUAGAUCAACGAAACCGGGUAGUGUAAAUGAUAAGAACAAAGAAUCAUCAGGCUCCAAUGGAAAAAAUCUUACAAUUGGAUUAAUCGUUUUGUGUCUUAUACUGUUACUUGUAUUUAUUGUUAUUGUUGUACUCUUUACUGCUUAUAGACGCAGAACUAAUUUAGCUCGUAAGAAGAGCAGAUCUAAGGCAUUUGCAGUAGCCCGAAGAUGUCAGGACCCUUCCAAAAUGUUUACUACAGUGACGGCUAGUGAAGAAGCGCCUAAAUCGAUACCAGAUGUCGUUUCUACUCACACUACUCACACCCGAACUAGUGAUUUAUAUGCAAAAUUUAAGCAACAAAUGAAAGAGUUAACUCCAAGGUGCGACGAGGAUCAAACGCCUUUUACUUCAAUGGAAGUAGCUCCAGACGUAAGAGAUGAGCCCAUUGCUAAAGAGGAGAAGGUUAAAACCGAAAAUGAAACACGAUCCAGACGUCAUCAUCACCAUCAUAAGCACUCUCAUAGAUCUCAUAGACACAAACGAGAAGAAUCCGAAAAAGGUGAAGAACAAGAGUCUUCCGACCAUAGACGACAUAGACAACGUAGACGCCAUAGAAGACGAGACGAAGACGAAGAACCAGUAAGAAGAAGUAGAUCAUUGAGCUCUAGAAGAAAAAAACCUGAAGAAAAUGAGCCGAAGCCAAAAAUUCGAACAAGAUCAAAUUCAUGGGUUGGAAAUAUGGCUCCACCAGUUCCACCAAGGGAUAAUGUAGUACCAAAAGUCUAUGAUGACGUCGUAAUAUUAGACGAUAAUACUAAAAGUGAUAUCGAAAUAUAA